AUGUACAGUUGUCGGUAUCAGAGCCUUCUAAGUGACCCCAGUUCAUCGGACGAACAGGAAUUUCCGGAUGGGUCAAUUUCUGAUCUGAAUCUCCCAUUCACGAGUCCCAGAAUCAUUGUUGCGCGCUCCGAGGGGCCGAUCGAAUCUACGGGUGACCACCUCUCGGUCCCUGGUUCUUUUGCCAGUGUCUCUUCUCACCCUUCAUCUCCUUAUUGUUCUUCCAAUUUCAACAGGGAUGAAGAGAAACUAGCGUCAACUUCUCAGUCUCCUGUUACUCUGGACGCGACAGAACUCAGUCUCUUGAGCCACUAUCUCUCGCACACUAGCCAAACUAUACCAUUCGACCAUCUCGAUCUCUACGCUCUUUCCGUAGGAAUACCAAAUCUCGCUUUCAAUAACAAGCCUGUCAUGUCAUCCCUGCUAGCCUUAGCAGCAGCAUGCAAGUCUCAUGAUAUUGUUAAGCAAACCAAGACACCUCUGGAUGGCCAGACCCUAAUUACGGUCCGGGAACUCUUCAAGCUUGCGGAGCGCCACCACAGAGCUUCUCUCCAGCACAUUCAAGCGGCCAUGUCUCACUCGGAUUGGUACGAUAACGUUCACGCAAACGCGGCAUUAAUGGUCUUGUAUGCCUCCGCCAGUCAUUCCAUAAGAGUAUAUCUCGCCGCCACUGCAAAACGAAGUGGCCGGCAGCUGCCGAAUGAGGUGCUUCCGCAACACUCACAAUGGAUCUCAUUCACACGGGCAGCUCAUACAGCGUCCACCGCAAUUCUGAAUGACAUCGUUAACGCUACGAAUAAAAGCCGGACUGCCAGUAUCAGCCAGGCUGUUUCUACACAAGAUCUACCUACAAUGGCUUUAAGUGGCACUCCUGAUUUGUCACCACAGGACGGUCCAUCCGAAAACACGAAGCGCCUAUUUCUUCCGCUAGUCGCGUCUACGUAUAGUCGAGCCCUUAAGAGUUUACGUAGGAGAGCUGAUUCUAUAGCGGCUCGUUUUGAGAGACCGGAGUCUUCUACUUGCGACCAAAUAGAGCUCCGCGCGUGCUUGGAAACUUUGCCCAUACUUGGAAAAUGUGCAUCUGCCGCCCUAUCUAGAAGAGAAAGUGGCGACGUAUCCGAGGGCCCUAGCAAUGACCCCGUUUUAUUUGAUGAAUCUUCUAGAGUCUCGCCAUGGGUCGGAAAGUACAUGAUCAGUGUGACAUCAAUGAAAUCGCCGAAGGCACUCCGACGGACCAUCUUGUCCUUUUUGAACAAAGUCCCGUCCGAGUAUCUCAACAUUAUUCAGUCAGCGCUCGAUUCACCGUCCGCGGAGGCGAGUCCUGAGAAUCGGAUAGCAGGUUGCUCGCCCAAGACUGAGUCACCCUCGCUCGAUACGACACAACUACUAGCCAUGGAUAUCUUUGCCCAUUGGCUGGUCUUAGUUAUGCUAUUGGAUGGAAUUGUUUCACCAGUUGGCUGA